AUGGUUAAAUAUUCUUGUUACAAGACAGGCAACAGGAGAGUGCCAAACUACAGUGUGCGGAAUUUCCGCUGUGACUGUGGAAAUAGCAAGUUCAAAAAUCUGCAGUGCAAGUUACUCCCAGAAAAAGGCAAGGUGAAUUCAGGAAAUAAGUAUAAUGACAAUUUCUACGGAUUAUACUGCACUUGUAAAAGACCUUAUCCUGAUCCCGAAGAUGAGAUUCCAGAUGAGAUGAUCCAGUGCAUAGUUUGUGAAGACUGGUUCCAUGGAAGGCAUCUUGGUGCAGUUCCCCCUGAAAGUGGAGACUUCCAUGAAAUGGUGUGCCAGGCCUGCAUGAAGCACUGCCAUUUCCUGUGGGCUUAUGCACCCCAAUUGGCAGUUCCUCCUUUGACCAAAGUCAACUCCCAUGAAGAUGAAGGGAUUGUCCUGAAGGUUGAGGAAAAUGAAGAGCAGAAAAAAGAAAUCAAGAAAGAAAGUGAAGUGGAACACCAAGAGACAAAGGAGGAAAAACAAACAGAACAGUUUAAUGAACCAUCCACUAGCUCUGGAUCUGCCUGUCCUGUGGUAGUUCCCAAGAGUGAGGAGCCAGUCUGCAAGCUGAAAGAACUCCAAAGCAAGCCCUUUGUGAGAAAAGACACUGCCACCUUUUGGCCAUCGAACUGGAGGAGCAAAUUAUGCACCUUGUUGCUUUGGAAGUUGUUAUGGGGAGAUAAAAUGUAUACAGAGCUUGAAGUCCAGUUCCUGACAGAUGAAUGUGACACUGUCUUGGCUUACGAAAACAAAGGUACCAGUGACCAAGAGACAGAGAGGAGAGAUCCUUUAAUGGACACCCUGAACAGCAUGAACAGAGUCCAGCAAGUGGAACUCAUCUGUUGUAAAUACAACACUUUUAGAAUCUGCCUGAACACUUUAACUGAGCAGUUUCCCACAAGAGAUUAG